CGUCGACCCUUUCCAGGGGCUAUUGUCCGGCUUGGCCCGGAUGAGGGAGCUGGUGGCCGAGCUCUUGGGCCCCCAGGUACAGCCGGAAGCAGCUCCAGACGGGGCCUUGAUCGAAAAAGUUAUUGUGGAGUCUGCCACCACCACUGCUGCUGCCAAGGCCGCCGCCACUGGAACAUCUGUGCUGCGGAGCAUCCCCAGGCAGCACAUGGGAAGUUACUGACAGCUAUAUCCAGCCCUUGCCAAAUACAUGUCAUUCUCCACACAUCUAGUGUGAGAUCCGUCCAGAUACAAGGUGGGCACCAUGGCUGAGAACUCUCAAUGCUACUACUGCAGGGACUCCCUGCAGGGGAAGAAGUACAUGGAGAAGGAUGGCCACCAAUGCUGCCUGAACUGCUUUGACAAGUUCUGCGCCAACACCUGUGUGGAAUGCUAUAAGUCCAUCAGUGCGGACUCCAAAGAGGUGCACUAUAAGAACCGCUACUGGCAUGACGCCUGCUUCCGCUGUACCAAGUGCCUGCACCCUUUGGCCAAUGAGACCUUUGUGGCCAAAGAGAGCCAGAUCCUGUGCACCAAGUGUAGCAUGCAGGAGGCCUCCCCCAAGUGCAAGGGCUGCGGACAGGUCAUUAUGGCAGGAGAUAUGAAUGUGGAGUACAAGGGGACCGUCUGGCACAAAGACUGUUUUACCUGCAGCAACUGCAAGCAAAUCAUUGGGACCGGAAGCUUCUUCCCUAAAGGGGAGGACUUCUACUGCGUGACUUGCUACGAGGCCAAAUUUGCCAAGCAUUGUGUGAAGUGCGCCAAGGCCAUCACAUCUGAAGGAAUCACUUACCAGGAUCAGCCCUGGCAUGCUGGGUGCUUUGUGUGUGCUACCUGCUCUAAGAAGCUGGCUGGGCAGCGUUUCACUGCUGUGCAAGACCAGUAUUACUGUGUGGAAUGCUACAAGAGCUAUGUGGCCAAGAAGUGUGCUGGAUGCAAGAACCCCAUCACUGGGUUUGGUAAAGGCUCCAGUGUGGUGACCUAUGAAGGACAAUCCUGGCACGACUACUGUUUCCAUUGCAAAAAAUGCUCCCUGAAUCUGGCCAGCAAGCGCUUUGUUUUCCAUGAGGAGCAGGUGUACUGCCCUGACUGUGCCAAAAUGCUAGUAAAGUGAC